AUGAUUUUACAGCUCCUUUCAUACGCAGGAUUAGUUGUUGGCUUCCUAUUUUUAGUGCUAUCAAUUGCCUCGGGUUUGUAUUACAUCUCAGAACUAGUUGAAGAACAUACAGAACCCACCAAGAGGUUUUUGAAAAAGCUCAUAUAUUCCAUAAUUGUGAUCUUUGUACUGCUCGUGAUGUUCGACUCGUUCCCGAUUAAAUUGUCAGUGUUUUCCAUCUUCACUUACUACAUUUAUUUACAAAACUUGAAGAAGUUCCCAUAUGUUGAGUUAACUAGUCCAAUUUUCCUAUUGAGCGUUGUUUUGGUCAUUGCAAAUCACUUCUUGUGGUUUAACCACUUCCACAAUCCGUACAUCCCGCCUUUAGAAGUUAGGUUGAAACCAGAUUAUAAAGCCCCAAGGAUACCCGAUUUUGCCGAAAUAUGUUCCUUUUUCGGAUUGUUAAUCUGGUUUGUUCCAUUUGCAUUGUUUGUGAGUUUGAGUGCUCAUGAUAACUUGUUGCCACACCACCAGGUGAAUGUGCAAGAUGACGGAAAGAAAAAGAAGAAUGGAUUGGCCAAAGUCGCUGUAGCUAACCUUCGAGAAUACAUUUACGCCAUAAGCAGACGGUUUGGCUACGAGUUGGAUCCCAAUCACCAAUCAAUAAUUUAUUAA